UUUUUUUUUGUUUGUAAUAACCCUAAAGACAUCAUAUCACCAGCAACCCCAACAAAAUCGGAGGUGAACGAACAGUUCAAUUUUCUCGUCGCCGGGAGAGAUGGAAGCGAACUGCUCUCCCUUCAAGAUAAUCUUGGGCUCUUCUUCGAUAGCCCGGAGGAAAAUAUUGGCUGAAAUGGGGUAUGAAUUCACCGUCAUGACUGCAGAUAUUGAUGAGAAAUCAAUCCGGAAGGAUAAGCCGGAGGAGUUGGUGAUGGCUCUCGCCGAGGCUAAGGCCACCGCUAUCACAUCCAAAUUACAACGGAUAAAUAGCCAAGCGAAGGAUUCUGAACCAAGAAUUUUGAUUGCAGCAGACACUGCAGAAGCCAUCUCUCAGAAGAUACCUCUUGGUGACUACAUCAAGGAUGCUGACCCCACAUUACUUAUAACUUCGGAUCAAGUGGUGGUCUAUGGAGAUGCUGUUAGGGAAAAACCAUCCAGUAAGGAAGAAGCACGAGAAUUUCUGAAAGGAUAUUCUGGUGGACAUGCUGCAACCGUUGGAUCUGUUUCUGUUACGAAUCUCAAAACUGGAAGUAGAAAAGGAGAAUGGGAUCGUGUGGAGAUCUUCUUUCAUGAAAUACCAGAUGAUAUCAUCGAGAAGAUGGUGGAGGAAGGGAUUGUGCUUAAUGUUGCUGGGGGACUAAUUAUAGAACAUCCAUUGAUAUUGCCCUUCGUGAAGCAAGUGGUAGGAACAACUGAUAGCGUCAUGGGACUCCCCAAAGCUCUCACCAAGAAACUCAUAAAGGAAGUGCUGUGAAUCCGAUCACAGCACUGACUGUUGACCUUCCUUAAAGAUGCUACCGUUGGUCUUUUAUGAGAAUGGUUUCUUAGCUCAAUCAACAAAAACUACAUUGCACCAACUAUAAACUUUGUGUUUUGCUUUCCUUGCUUUUGGUUUCUCUUAUGUUGGAAGACACUGUUACGUUGCUACAUUCUUCAGUUAUAUGUCGAAUGUGAUAUAGAGACAA